AAGCUAUAGUUUAUAGAUUGGUGAAGUAUAAAACAUGUCGGAGGAGGAGAAAUUGUUAAAGGAGGCAAAGAUUCCGUGGGAAGAUCGACUAUUGCACAUAGAACUGGAAAGGUCGAGAACGAGGCCUAAUAUUCGACUUGGCCUUCUGUUUGCGAUUCCAUUCCGAUCCAAGGACCCGCGCCUCCGGCGAAAUUUCGAGUCUGAUUCUUUAUGUUUGUUUGUAAUUGAUCUAAUAGCAAAGGAAGUUGUGGCCAUUGUGGCAAAGUGCCUUACAGGACGGCCGAAAACAGUGGAGAAAAGCUCAGCAGCCUUCAAUUCCUUUUGUGUGUCUUUUUGCUGUAAAAUUUUUGAGAAAUUGCGAGUAUAUGGAGCUCAUUUUAGCAUAAGGGAUGUAGAACUUGAGAUGGUUUUUGGGGGAUCAUCUCAGAAUGUGUUUUCAUUGGGGGCACUUGAGGUUGUUUCCUCUAAGAAGGACCUUAAGAUGGCUCCAGAUGACCAUCAGGAAUCAGAAAAAGAAGAGCUGGAGGCUGAACUUGUUAACGUUAUGACAGCUAAGCCACUCCGGAAGAUUAGUGAGGUGGUAUGCUCAUGGCUGUAUGCUGUGGUUUAUGCUCCAGAUCGACAAGAUAAGGACCGAGCCAGAAGAAGGUCAGUGAGCUGUGGGGUCCCUGGCCAUUCAGAAGAAUUGCAGAUGAUGGAAAUAGAUGAGUAUGCCUUGUUACCUCUGUAGAUAUUUUGACCCUUGGAGAAGUCUGGAUUUUGGGAUGGAGUGAAAGCUGGCCUAAAUGGCAGAUAAGAAAAGGAGGCUGUUGCAGAGCUUAACCAACUUGCUUCUACAAAAAAGAUAGCUCGGUGAUUUCUCAGGAAAGUGUGUCGGACAUUGAAGAAGCUUGUCACAGGAUGUGAAAUGGCUGUUUCAGUUGAAGCUAUACAAGCUAUUGGCAACCUUCACGGGUCUGGAACCCAUUUUUCUGCUAGUUCCCGGUUCUUUUUGCCAGCCUUAAAUGAUGGGACCCCAGAAGUGAGGGAUUCAGCUUGUUUCAGUAUUGGCAUGCAAAUUGCUGAAGGUGGUACUUCAUUUGUUUGGACUGACCCUGACUUCAAUGUACAUCAAGAAGGGCUCAUUGUUAGAAAAUCAGCAGCAAGUAUGCUUACGGGAAUACCUCCUGCUAACAAAAAGGGAGGAUCUGUUAAAUCUGGUGCCAGCAAAGAAAGCAGAUGGAGUGUGCGACCUGAAACCUCAAAAGCAAAUUUGAAACCACCAGAAGAUGUUGAACCAGCAGAAAUGAUCUUGAAGAGAUUGAAAGUUCGAUUUAGGCCUCUCUAUACAACAGAAACUGUUUCCAUAAAUGAGUGCACAAUGUCCUCAUUGAAACAACAGUUGAAGGUCUAGCAGUAACUUAAUCAGCUGUGGAGUUUGAUACGUUUACUCUGGCCUAUUCCUGGUUGGAAUGAAAAAAUUUGCAUGGGAAUGCAGGUUCAGCAACAGAUGAUUGAAGUGAUUACUUAUCUAGCUGCAACUGCGCGAAAAUUUCCAAAGAAAUGUGUAGUGCUUGCAUUCUGGGUGUUGCAACGAGUUGCAGAUAUUAAAACCCGAGCUCAUUGCUAUGAAAUGCCUUAAUCCACUUUUUCUGAAGCAGUAGGUCCAGGAUUUAACGUUUUGAGAGAGGUGUGCUUCUUGCGUGCAGCCAAAAGAAAACCAGUUAGGGCAUCAGAACCUUGACUUUCUGUAUCUGCUGGUGUGGACGGCCUGCCAUACGUGAAGAACAUAGUGGGAAAAGUUAAACCUAAUCCUAAGAGCAUGGAAAGUCCUGAUUGGAAGGGCAUUCUUUCAGGAUUUUUGAAGUGUCUUGGUGACAAUAAAGAAAGUAUGAGAGAGGUGUGCUUUGAUCUACUUAUAGAUCCUUGGGUAGCUGCUAUUUCCUUACAAUUGGCAGCAGCAUUGAUGGAUGCUAAGCCGGCACUGAAAGGGCGUAAAGGAUUUUUUGAUUGGUUAUCAAGGCAACUUUCAGGAUUAACUGAUUGUUUCUGAAUGCUCGUGCUUCUGCUGAAGCCAUCUGCUCUGAUAAAUCAUCAAGAUGUUCGUAAAGGCAAUCAGAAGCAUGCAUCACUGAAAUCGAAGAAGAAUCUAAAAGAUCUUCAUGGGCCAGCUUUAGCUCUUGUUCUUGAAAGGGUGAGACCUUAUGGGGCUUUUCAAAAUUCAUUUGAAAUCUGCAAAAGCCAACUUUCCAUGUGGCCCCCACAUCCAAGACAGUCCCGAAAGGCUGGAAAAAUUUCUUCCAAUGGCGUCUCAAAACAUGCAAAUUAGAUCCAUCCUCUUCAAGUUGUACCAACAAAAGGUUCGAGGCAGAAGCCAGUGAUGUCUUGUACAGAUAGAGCUGUGCAGUCUCAAGCUUUGUUGAAUGUCAAAGACUGCAAUACAAGGACGACAGGGAAAAGAAUGGUAGUUCGAAGGUUAAGUUUGAAGAAUUUGCGGAUAGAACCAGAUGUCAAGAUCUUGAGGUUGUCUUUAACUAAAUAUUUCAGAGAGGAUUUACACAGGCCCUGGCUGUUAAGUCGGAUUUUAAAGAAACAAGUUGAUGGGCUUGAGAUGCUACAGAAGUGUGUUUAGCUACUUCUUGCUGAAAUAAUUGAGGUUGGGAUAUCCUUUUUGAGGUGGUUCGUUUGCAAGUUUUGUAAAUCGAACACAACAUACCUUGUUGAAGUGCUGGAAUUCCUUCCUGAACUUUUUAACAUGCUGCGGGAUGAGGCCUUACACUUGACAGAAUCAGAAGCCGCUAUAUUCUUCCUUGUAGAAGCAUGGAAACAUCUUAUUGUGCUAUUUCUAGCUGCUGAUGAUGAAAUUCCCACACACAUACAACCAUAUUUCUCUUUUUGUUCAUUUCUUUCUAUUUUCACGCUUUUCUUUCUUCGAUGUUGUGGCCUACAGAUAAGUGGACAAUUAAAAUCCCUUCAACUUGUUGCAAGCUUGACAGCAGAAAGGGAUGGUGAAACUAGGAAAGCUGCUUUAAAUGCACUUGCAACUGGCUAUAAGAUUCUUGGUGAAGACAUAUGGCGUUAUGUUGGAAAGCUCACAGAUGCUCAGAAAAGCAUGUUAGAUGAUAGAUUUAAGUGGAAGGUCAGAGAGAUGGAAAAGAGAAAGGAAGGUCGGCCAGGUGACGCUAGAGCUGCUUUACGCCGUUCUGUUAGGGAAAAUGGGUCUGAUAUAGCAGAACAAAGUGGGGAAAUUUCACAGUCUCUUACAGGUCCAAUAUUAUCUAGGAAAAACUAUGGUCCUCCUGAUCUUCACAUGGAAAGACAGGUUAUGCCCCGACCAGUAACUAGUGUCAAUGGACCUACAGACUGGAAUGAAGCUUUGGAGAUCAUUUCUUUUGGCUCCCCAGAGCAGUCAGUUGAAGGAAUGAAAGUUGUAUGCCAUGAGUUGGCACAGGCUAUUGGUGAUCCAGAAGGUAGUACAAUGGAUGAACUAGUGAAAGAUGCUGAUAGACUUGUUUCAUGCUUGGCAAGCAAGGUAGCCAAGACUUUUGAUUUCAGUUUGACUGGAGCUUCAUCGAGGUCCUGUAAAUAUGUCCUUAACACACUGAUGCAGACAUUUCAAAAUAAAAGACUUGCUCAUGCUGUCAAAGAAAGCACUCUUGACAGUCUGAUAACAGAGCUUCUACUUUGGUUAUUGGAUGAAAGGGUUCCCCAUAUGGAUGAUGGCAGCCAGCUCUUAAAAGCACUGAAUGUGCUGAUGCUUAAGAUUCUGGAUAAUGCUGAUCGAACUUCAUCUUUUGUUGUCCUGAUUAAUCUCUUGCGCCCAUUGGAUCCAUCAAGAUGGCCCUCUCCAGCAUCAAACGAGGCAUUUGCCAUCAGAAAUCAGAAGUUCUCUGAUCUUGUUGUCAAAUGCCUUAUCAAGCUCACAAAGGUUCUUCAAAGCACGAUCUAUGAUGUUGAUCUUGACCGCAUCCUUCAAAGCAUCCAUAUAUAUCUGCAAGAAUUGGGGAUGGAAGAAAUUAGGAGAAGGGCCGGAGCAGAUGACAAACCAUUGCGAAUGGUGAAAACUGUUCUGCAUGAACUUGUUAAGCUGCGUGGAGCUGCAAUAAAGGGUCACCUUUCUAUGGUUCCAAUAGACAUGAAACCUCAGCCAAUUAUCCUUGCCUACAUCGAUCUUAACCUUGAGACUUUAGCUGCUGCAAGGAUGUUAACCUCCACGGGGCCUGUGGGCCAAACCCAUUGGGGUGAUUCUGCAGCCAACAAUUCAACGUCUGCCACUCAUUCUGCUGAUGCCCAGUUGAAGCAAGAGCUUGCUGCCAUAUUUAAGAAAAUUGGUGACAAGCAAACAUGUACUAUUGGCCUAUAUGAACUAUAUCGCAUUACACAGCUAUACCCUAAGGUUGAUAUAUUUGCUCAACUCCAGAAUGCUAGCGAGGCAUUCCGCACCUACAUUAGAGAUGGUUUAGCACAGAUGGAGAAAAAUGCUGCUGCCGGAAGGACGCCAUCUAGUUUGCCAUUGUCAACUCCCCCACCAUCUUCCUUAAAUGUUUCCUCCCCAGAAUUUGCACCUCUUUCUCCAGUUCAUACAAACUCCUUGACGGAUGCAAAAUCAUUGAAUGUGAAAUCUGAGCCAACAAACUUCCAUCUACCUCCUUCAUAUGCUGAAGACAACAGAACUGUUAAUUCCCUCAUGUCAAGAGGUCUCAUGUCAGAUAAUUCUUUAGGUGACCAAAGAAAUGAGAAAUUUAUAAGUGGAGUAACCAGCGGAACAUUAGAUGCCAUUAGAGAACGGAUGAAGAGUAUGCAGUUAGCUGCCUCCACCGGAAAUCCAGAUUCUUUGAACAGGCCAUUAACAGCUGUAAAUGACAACGUGAACAAUGGAUUCUCUGGUCAAAAUCUUGGCGGAUCAGAUCCUGUUGGGAUACAGAAUCCAAUACAGGGAGGUGUUCUCCCUAUGGAUGAGAAGGCAUUAUCUGGGCUUCAAGCACGGAUGGAGAGACUUAAAAGUGGUGCAAUUGAUCCUCUGUAGAUUAAAGCUGGGAGUGAGAGCUGUGAUCUCUUAAGAUGUCAAUCAUGUAAACAGAGUCAAGUCCUAUUGCAUUCGAAAAUAGAAUAGCUUAUAGCACCCGCAUUCUAGGGUGGAUCAGUACCGGGAUUUAAUUUGAUACAAGUUUUGGGGAAGCUGCACUAUAUAUCGAUGUGCUAAUUGGUUUAUGUACUAGGUUCUUUAAUAUAGGUGAUUGUAUAUUGUAGGCUGUUUUUGGCUAUUCAAUUUAUUUAAUACAAUUGUAUACAGUUUCCAGGAAAUGUGUUGUAUACAAAUGAAAUGGUGCGUACAAUAUGAAUAUUAGUACUGGUACUGCAUUACAGUAUUUUGAUUUCUAUCCAAUUUUGUUUGAGCUUUUUAGUUA